CUCUGCGUCGUAAAGUGAACCCGAUGUCGGUAUAUCACUACUAUAUAUACGCCAUACCGGUUUUUCUUUAAAAUCAGACAAUACUAUCUGGCUAGGAGGCCUGCCUUUCUUUAAUGUCGGGUUAACGACGCAUACUAUCGAUAAUGAGAAUAAAAGAAUCCAAGACGUUAUUGAUUGGCACGCAGGAUUGUUUCUCAAUAACAAACUCGGUACAACAUGGCUACUGCCAUACAAACAGGGGUAUCGUAUCGUAGUUUCGGUAAAAUUUAUCACAUUUGCUCUCUGGAGAAAAAAAAAUUGACCAAGCAGGAACAACGGAUUUGCAGCGUCCUUAGGAACACCUUAUUUAUCAAGAGAAAUCUUAGACAGUUGAAGCUACAAGAUAAGAAAAUACUGCCUUUUCUCAACUUCACCCAGAAAGGGUAAUGCAAGAUGAACCCCAAAACACUUUCCGCUGAUCCCGUUGCUAGUGGAAAUGUUGUGGAAACAGCACAGGGCGUAGGAGCAGCUAAAGAAGAUGAUGCGGUAGCUAUCAAGGGAUACGCUAGAAAACCUGUUCCGGUGAAGUUCCCAAAAUGUUGGGAGUUUAUGACCCUCAAUCAGAGACGAGAGAAUGUCAUUGAUAAACACUCUAUCUAUGGAAAUCCUUCAAAUUUAACCGGACUGCCCAUCCCUGGCCAGCGGACAGCCAUAGUUCGGGAAUUAUCGGACAUUGGAUGGCGGGAAGAAAGAGGAUACAUCAAGAAAGUGACUGGUUUCCCUCUUAGUGCGUGUGUUAAUGGAAUGAGGAAUGAGACCAAACGAAGAGUACGCCAUCUCUCGCCCAUUAGACUACCAACUGCCAACACUAUUUGUGACGAGUAUAACUGGAUGCACAAUGGCGUCCAUGGAAAGAUGCUCCUAUCCAAUAAGAAAUACAGACAUAUUCUGCAAUCAAACCUAGCUGAAAGCCAUGACGAAAAGCAGAAACUUCAUUACUGUGAGGUGCUAGGACAAAGGGUAUGUGCAGACUGCAUUGAGCACACCAACAGAAAAAUGGCUAUUGAAUAUCAACAUGAAGCCUUUCCUGAAAUUGAAGUAACAGCAUCCAGAUUGAUAGCACCUAAACUCUCCAAACUUUUAUCAGACAGACUGAAAUCAGCUGUACCAUCACCAGAGUAUAAUCAACAAACAAUGGAAGCUGGGUUGCUAGGUAACGCUCAGAGUCCACCUCCUUACAGGCAACCAUCAGCUCUACGUAAUCAACGUCGGGUGACAAUCUACAGCGAUGCAAUGAUCAAUUCACUUCAUCAAACUUUAAAACGAGAUAGAAGGAUGACAGCUGAGACACUUCAUGAUGUUCGAGAAAUGAGACUUAAGAAAGGAAAACGUGCCACUUUGAGACAAUUACCACUUGAUAAACUUAAUGAAGCUAAUAAGGGUAUGUAGCAUUAUACUGCAUCAUGUGUUGUCAUUGUUGUGUACCUUAAUAAAUAACUGUUAUUUAGAAAUAAUAUGAUACCAGCCAGUAGUUGCUAUUCGACGGAGAGACAAAGUCAAGCACUGCUCUUAGAGGUAACUAAUGAAAACAUAAAGUAAAACAUAUGUAUGAUUCAUAGUUAUACAUGCUAUUGAAAUUAAAUUGAGCCAAUGAAAUGCACUGUACAAACAUGGAUUUCAUGACUCAUCUUUGUGAUCUGGUUAGAAAACAAUUAUACGAAUGACAUUUGGAAAGAUAAUUCUGCUAGGUAUCGAACAAAGCCCCUAACCACAAGGUCCUUAAAAAAGUAUACUUGUUAUUUCUUUAGGAUAGUUUAAAAUACUUAGUAAUCUCUACAAAUUAGGUGUCGCGGCAGUAUAAAAAGUAAAAAUAUCUUUCACUUAAAAAAGAAAGAUAUAUUUGUUAUCAUUGUUCCUUUACCAUGUCUAGGUCCCCUUUUGUAUUUCCCUUUUUGUAUUUCCCUUUUUGUAUUUCCCCUCUCCUCCUUCUCACUCUCUCUCUCUCUCUCUCUCUCUCUCUCUCUCUCUCUCUCUCUUGGUACAAACUGCCCAUUAGUGUAUAUUAUCUUUAAAUGUAACUAUAUGUAAUUGUUCCCGUAUGUUAUACAUUUUUGUUAUUACUGGGGUAGUUCACGAUCAUUGAUUUUUAAAUACCCCUUCAACAGACGUGUAAACAUGAAGAUAGUACUUUUAUCAUUCCAUGUAUUCUAUGUCUGCAAUAUUUGGAUUGUACAUGUAUAUGUGUUUUUGUAUUUGUGGAAUAAAGUUGACAUUGAAUUAAUCUGAA